GGGUGUUCCAGUGGAUGGGAAAGUGCGAGUGUCACUUCAUCAAUGGCACCGAGCGGGUGAGGUUCGUGGCGAGGAUCACCAUCAACCGGGAGCAGAUCGUGCACUUCGACAGCGAUCUGGGGGUCUAUGUGGGGGACACCCCGUAUGGGGAGAUCCAGGCCAAGUACUGGAACAGCCUCCGACAAUUCAUGGAGCGCAUGCGGGCUCAGGUGGACCUCUGCCGGGUCUUCUACGACGGUGUCACCCCGUUCCUGGUGAACCGCAGAG